CGAUCGUUGCUAGGGAGUGGAAGCAUAUAUUUUUAAAAAUAACUUUAAUACUUACUAUUCAGUUAAAGCUUCAUCUGUCGGUCACAUACAUAGUAGAUAAUAUUUCUAACCUAAAGGGUGGUUUCUACAAGUUUGCAUCGGCACAUAAAAGCAAGAGAUAGAAAGAAAGAAGAAGAGUUUCUCUCAUCGUAAUCAUCAUCAAAAAUAAUCAUGGCGUAUGGAGACAGCAGAUCAGGACCGUCCAUCUUGGAUUCAUUCUCGCUUUCGCCUCUACCGUACCCGGUCCUUUUAAUCCUAGCCGUGGCUUCGGUGUUCCUAAUGACAUCAUGGUACUGGAGCUUCGAAGAUGCAGCAGAAUCCGCGGGAGAGCAGAUGAAUCUUGCUCUUCUCUUGAUCCCUCUCCUUCUCAUAGUCUUGGUUAGGUGGUUAUCCACCGUGGAGAAUCCAGACGCGUUUCUAGGGAUGUUUUCGAACCGUCGUCAGACGUACGGGAGUCCCAACGCCGGGGACGAAGGUGGAAGCUCGCCGUGGGGAGUGGCGGCGAUUAUAGUUCUGUUGCUUGUUUUGCUUCAGUAUCAGUCAAGUUUCUUGGAGAUGUGGUUUGGUUGAUUUAAGUGUAGUUCUUUUUUCUUUUCUUUUUAUGUUUUUGUCGUUUAUUUUAGUGCAAUAUAAAAAAUGAUUUUCAGAAUUUUA